CCCGCCAGGGGGACCCCCGGCGGAGGGCCUCGUGCGAGCCCCGGGCCGGGAAGGGGGCCUGCGCAGCAUCCCCGCCCCUCGCAGCCGCUCGCCUCGUACUCUUGCCCUUGCCCCCUCCCCGCCGGGAGGGUGGGGUCUCCGUGUCCACGGCGAGUGGGCUCGCCACGGCCCCUUGCCCUUUACCUUCCGUGACCCCGAUCUUCCCUUGGCUCCGGGGUCCGUCUGAGCCGCUCAUCCUCCGUGGGAGCUCCUGGGGCCUCGGCACGCUCUCCGAUGACCCUUGGGCCAGGACAAGGGGACUCGGGCUACCUGUGCUCCUCCCUCGCCCGUGGACCGUGGGGGCCUGUGUGGCUCCGAAGUCAUUUCCAAAUGGGAGAGCAGAUACUUCGAGAUUGGGUAUACUCUCCGCACACUUUCCUGGAUUGGGAUGAUCAUGGGAACAGCAAUAGUAGUCAUGUAAAAAUCUUUUUACCGAAAAAGCUGCUUGAAUGUCUGCCGAAAUGUUCAAGUUUACCAAAAGAGAGGCACCGUUGGAACACUAAUGAGGAAAUUGCAGCUUAUUUAAUAACAUUUGAGAAACACGAAGAAUGGCUAACCACAUCCCCUAAGACAAGACCCCAGAAUGGCUCGAUGAUACUCUACAACAGGAAGAAGGUGAAGUACAGGAAAGAUGGGUAUUGCUGGAAGAAGAGGAAAGACGGGAAGACGACCCGAGAGGACCACAUGAAGCUCAAGGUCCAGGGAGUGGAGUGCUUGUACGGCUGCUAUGUCCAUUCCUCCAUCAUCCCCACCUUCCACCGGAGGUGCUACUGGCUCCUUCAGAACCCCGACAUCGUCCUGGUGCACUAUCUCAACGUGCCGGCCAUCGAGGACUGUGGCAAGCCCUGCGGCCCCAUCCUCUGCUCCAUCAACACCGACAAGAAGGAGUGGGCGAAAUGGACGAAAGAAGAGCUCGUCGGGCAGCUGAAACCCAUGUUCCACGGCAUCAAGUGGACCUGCAGCAACGGGAACAGCAGCUCGGGCUUCUCCGUGGAGCAGCUGGUGCAGCAGAUCCUCGACAGCCACCAGACCAAGCCUCAGCCGCGCACCCACAACUGCCUCUGCACCGGCAGCUUGGGCGCGGGCAGCAGCGUGCACCACAAGUGUAACAGUGCCAAACACCGCAUCAUCUCGCCGAAGGUGGAGCCGCGGUCGGGGGGCUACGGGGGCCACUCGGAGGUGCAGCACAACGACGUGUCCGAGGGCAAGCAGGAACACAGCCACGGCAAGAGCUCGAGCCGCGACAAGAGGAACGGCAAGGUGACCAAGCCCGUGCUGCUGCACCAGAGCAGCACCGAGGUGUCCUCCACCAACCAGGUAGAGGUCCCCGACACCACCCAGAGCUCCCCUGUGUCCAUCAGCAGCGGGCUCAACAGCGACCCGGACAUGGUGGACAGCCCCGCGGUCACAGGCGUGUCCAGCAUGGCGGUGGCCUCUGUGAUGGGGAGCUUGUCCCAGAGCGCCACAGUGUUCAUGUCGGAGGUCACCAAUGAGGCUGUGUACACCAUGUCCCCGACCUCCGGCCCCAACCACCACCUCCUUUCGCCCGACGCCUCCCAGGGCCUCGUCCUGGCCGUGAGUUCCGACGGCCACAAGUUUGCCUUCCCCAGCACGGGCAGCUCGGAGAGCCUGGCCAUGCUGCCCACCAACGUGUCUGAAGAGCUGGUCCUCUCCACCACCCUGGAGAGCAGCCGGAAGAUUCCAGAGACCACCAUGAACUUUGACCCCGACUGUUUCCUCAACAACCCAAAGCAGGGCCAGACGUACGGGGGCGGGGGCCUGAAGGCGGAGAUGGCCAGCACCAACAUGCGGCACUCGCCGCCCGGGGAGAGGGCCUUCGGCUUCACCACGGUCCUCACCAAGGAGAUCAAGACCGAGGACACCUCCUUCGAGCAGCAGAUGGCCAAAGAGGCGUACUCGUCCUCCACGGCGGCCAGCUCCCUCACCCUGAGCGCCGGCUCCAGCCUGCUGCCGUCGGGCGGCGGCCUGAGCCCCAGCACCACCUUGGAGCAGAUGGACUUCAGCGCCAUAGACGCCAACAAGGACUACUCGUCCGGCUUCAGCCAGACGGGCCACAGCCCCCACAUCCACCAGACCCCCUCCCCCAGCUUCUUCCUGCAGGAUGCCAGCAAACCCCUCCCCAUCGAGCAGAACGCCCAGAGCAGCCUGAGCGACUCGGGGGGCACCUUUGUGAUGCCCACGGUGAAGACGGAGGCCUCGUCCCAGAGCAGCUCCUGCAGCGGCCACGUGGAGACGCGGAUAGAGUCCUCAUCCUCCCUGCACCUCAUGCAGUUCCAGGCCAACUUCCAGGCCAUGUCGGCUGAAGGGGAGGUCACCAUGGAGACCGCGCAGGCACCCGAGGCGGGCACGGUCCUGCUCAAGUCCGGGGAGCUGCAGGCCUGCAGCUCCGAGCACUACCUGCAGCCGGAGACCAACGGCGUGAUCCGCAGCGCCGGCGGCGGCGUGCCCAUCCUCCCGGGCAACGUGGUGCAGGGACUCUACCCGGUGGCCCAGCCCAGCUUGGGCAAUGCCUCCAACAUGGAGCUCAGCCUGGACCACUUUGACAUCUCCUUCAGCAACCAGUUCUCCGACCUGAUCAACGACUUCAUCUCCGUGGAGGGGGGCAGCGGCACCAUCUAUGGGCACCAGCUGGUGUCGGGGGACAGCACAGCGCUGUCGCAGUCGGAGGACGGGGCCCGCGCUCCCUUCACCCAGGCCGAGAUGUGCAUCCCCUGCUGUAGCCCCCAGCAGGGGAGCCUGCAGCUGAGCAGUGCCGAGGGCGGGGCCGGCACCAUGGCCUACAUGCACGUCGCCGAGGUGGGGCUGCUGCAGCAGAGCGGCCGGGUGUUCAUGGUGACCGACUACUCCCCGGAGUGGUCAUACCCAGAGGGAGGCGUGAAGGUCCUCAUCACCGGCCCUUGGCAGGAAGCCAGCAAUAACUACAGCUGCCUAUUCGACCAGAUCUCCGUGCCUGCGUCCUUGAUCCAGCCCGGGGUGCUGCGCUGCUACUGCCCAGCCCAUGACACUGGUCUUGUGACCCUACAAGUUGCCUUCAACAACCAGAUCAUCUCCAACUCGGUGGUGUUUGAGUACAAAGCCCGGGCCCUGCCCACCCUCCCGUCCUCCCAGCACGACUGGCUGUCACUGGACGACAACCAGUUCAGGAUGUCCAUCCUGGAGCGCCUGGAGCAGAUGGAGAGGAGGAUGGCCGAGAUGACGGGGUCCCAGCCGCACAAGCAGGCGAGCGGAGGAGCUGGUGGCGGAGGCAGCAACGGGAGCGGGAACGGAGGAAGCCAAGCGCAGUGUGUUUCCGGGCCGGGGACCCUGGGGAGCUGCUUCGAGAGUCGUGUGGUGGUCGUGUGCGAGAAGAUGAUGAGCCGAGCCUGCUGGGCCAAGUCUAAGCACCUGAUCCACUCUAAGACCUUCCGCGGGAUGACCCUCCUGCACCUGGCUGCCGCCCAAGGCUACGCCACCCUCAUCCAGACCCUCAUCAAGUGGCGCACAAAGCACGCAGACAGCAUUGAUCUGGAGCUGGAAGUCGACCCCCUGAACGUGGACCACUUCUCCUGUACGCCUCUGAUGUGGGCGUGCGCCCUGGGACACCUGGAAGCCGCCGUCGUGCUGUACAAGUGGGACCGGCGGGCCAUCUCCAUCCCUGACUCUCUGGGGAGGCUGCCUCUGGGAAUCGCCAGGUCACGGGGUCACGUGAAAUUAGCAGAGUGUCUGGAGCAUCUGCAGAGAGACGAGCAGGCGCAGCUGGGCCAGAACCCCAGGAUCCACUGUGCUCCCAGCGAAGAGCCAGACACGGACAGCUGGGUGUCCCAAUGGCACAGCGAGGCUGUGACCUCUCCGGAAACACCCAAAGGAGUCACCGUGAUCGCCAGCACCAACCCAGAGCUGAGAAGACCUCGGUCUGAACCCUCUAAUUACUACAGCAGUGAGAGCCACAAAGAUUGUCCGGCUCCCAAAAAGCAUAAAUUGAACCCCGAGUCCUUCCAGGCGAGGCAGAAGCUGCUUCCCACUGCACUGAGUCUGGAACAGCCAAAUAUCAGGAAGCAGAGCCCUAGCUCUAAGCAGGCUGUCCCCGAGGCAGUCAGCCCCAGGGACGGGGUGAGGGACUGCAGCCGGGAGCCCUCCCCUCCCUCUCCAGAGCCUGCAGGACUCCACGCCUCUGCGUCCCAGCCGGUAGUGACGUGGAAUUCCAAAGAUCUUUCCAUUGGUGUGUCUACAGUGCAGGUGACUGGGAAUCCGAAGGGGACCAGUAUAGGAAAGGAGGCAGCACCUUCCCAGGUGCGACCACGGGAACCAAUGAGUGUCCUGAUGAUGGCUAACAGAGAGGUGGUGGAUCCAGACAUGGGGUCCUACCGGGACAGUGCAGCAAGCGAGGAGUGCUCACAGCCCAUGGACGACAUCCAGGUGAACAUGAUGACCUUAGCGGAACACAUUAUCGAAGCCACCCCCGACCGAAUCAAGCAGGAGAAUUUUGUGUCCUUGGAGCCCUCCGUGUUGGAAAGAACGGAGCCUGCCGCCGUUAGCAGCACGAUGAGCUGGCUGGCCAGUUACCUCGCUGACGCCGACCGCCUGCCCAGUGCCGCCCAUAUCCGAAGUGCAUAUAGCGAGCCUCUAACCCCGUCCUCUAACACCAGCUUGAGCCCUGUCGGCUCCCCUGGCAGUGAAAUAGCCUUGGAGAAAGCUCCCCUCCCCUCGGCGGCAGACUGGUCGGAAUUCCUGAGCGCGUCGACCAGCGAGAAGGUAGAGAAUGAGUUUGCUCAGCUAACUCUGUCUGACCGUGAGCAGAGAGAACUCUAUGAGGCUGCCAGGCUUGUCCAGACAGCUUUCCGGAAAUACAAGGGCCGACCGCUGCGGGAACAGCAAGAGGUGGCUGCAGCUGUCAUUCAGCGCUGUUACAGAAAAUACAAACAGUACGCACUUUAUAAGAAGAUGACCCAGGCGGCCAUCCUCAUCCAGAGCAAGUUCCGCAGCUACUACGAACAGAAGAAGUUCCAGCAGAGCCGCCGCGCCGCCGUGCUCAUCCAGAAAUACUACCGGAGCUACCGCAAGUGCGGCAAGAGACGGCAGGCCCGCCGGACGGCCGUGAUCGUCCAGCAGAAGCUCAGGAGCAGUUUGCUAACCAAAAAGCAGGACCAAGCUGCUCGAAAAAUAAUGAGGUUUCUACGCCGUUGUCGCCACAGAGUGAAAGAGUUGAAAAAGGCCAAGGAACUUGAAGACAUACAGCAGCAUCCCUUAGCAAUGUGACGUUGCUUUUUCAGACUGUUUUCAUUUCUGUUUUUAGCAGAGACAUGCAACAACACAACUCACACACAUGCGCACACACACAUGCACACACGAUCCCUCUGCAGUUUUGGGGAGAUCAGCUGCAGGAUUUUAACAGGAAUGUUUUGGUCAUUGCAUUUGCACUUUCAUGGACAACUUUUAAUUUGAUCAGCAAGACAUCUUGGAACUCAAUCUUCUGUUGGAUCACAGGAAAACCAGACACCGGGAGGAACUGAAGAGGCUUCGUCUUCAGAAGAAGCCGUUUUCCUUCUCAUACAGGGCUGCAUUCAAACAUCGUGUGGAACUGUACAAAUAUUUAUACCAAAAAUACAGCUAAGGAAAGGUGGGGCUGCCUGAGCAGCAGCAAGGACGCCGAGCCUGCGCCUGUCGGUCAUCGCCAAGAAGCUGGGUCUCUGGGAUCGGUUCUCAGUGGAGGGCUCAGAUCAGACAGUCUGUAUCGGGUCCGUGUGUUCUCAUUUCCUUCACUGUUUCUUUGUUCGUUUGUCUUGUUUGUUUUAAUCUCUACAGCACACUUAAUGCAACUUUUAAAAUCUGCAGGUUUUUAAUGUCUUGUGGAAAUUUGCAGAGGGGCGGGUGUGUGGCAAACGGGUAAUGCAUGGGAAAUAACAAGAAACAGCUUCACAGAG